AAUAUUUAAACAACAAUCUUCAGUCUUGCUUCAAAAUGUCCCUGUGUGCAUCUUCUCACAAGGACUUUUCUCAGUUGCUGCCACUUCAGGAUAUUGGAUGCAAUAAAACAGAAAUUAAAAACUCACCUGCUGGUAUCAUCUCUCCAGUUCCCUACAGCUGUAAUCAGUCCACAUUGACAGCAGAACACAGUCCAGUAUUUAUUCCCUCGUCUUACAUGGAAAACAGACAUGAAUAUUCUGCAAUGGCAUUCUGCAGUCCUGCUAUGAUGAAUUAUAACAUUACCAGUAAUUUUGGUGAUUCAGAGAGUGCAUCUGGGAGGCAAACAUCAAGCCCCAAUGCGUUAUGGUCCGCUUCUGGCCAUCUCUCCCCUCUGACAUUGCACUGUCAGUCAUCGCUUCUAUAUGCAGAGCAGCCAAAGAGUCCGUGGUGCGAAGCUAGACCGACGGAGCCAGUGCUACCGGUGACCAGAGAAAUGUUAAAAAGAAAAACUAAUGGCAGUGACUGUACAAGCCCAAUUGCAAAUAAUCCUGGCUCAAAACGGGAUGCUCACUUCUGUGCAGUCUGCAGUGACUAUGCUUCAGGAUACCACUAUGGGGUCUGGUCAUGUGAAGGCUGCAAAGCAUUCUUUAAAAGAAGUAUUCAAGGACAUAACGAUUACAUCUGCCCAGCUACCAAUCAAUGCACGAUAGACAAAAACAGGCGCAAAAGCUGCCAGGCAUGCCGGCUACGGAAAUGUUAUGAAGUGGGAAUGAUGAAAUGUGGUUCAAGAAGAGAACGUUGUGGAUAUCGGAUUCUGCGUCGCCACCGCAGUUCAGAAGAUCAGGUGCAUUUCAUUGGCAAAGCUAAGAAAUACAAUGAGACGGCCACCCGUGUAAAAGAGAUCCUGCUCAGCACAGUCAGUCCGGAGCAGUUUGUUUUAACACUACUUGAAGCGGAGCCUCCCAAUGUGUUGGUGAGUCGUCCCAGCAAACCAUUCACGGAGGCCUCCAUGAUGAUGUCUCUGACAAAACUGGCAGACAAAGAGCUGGUUCACAUGAUUGGUUGGGCCAAAAAAAUUCCUGGUUUCAUUGAUCUCAGCCUAUAUGACCAAGUAAGACUCUUGGAGAGCUGCUGGAUGGAAGUUUUAAUGAUUGGUUUGAUGUGGAGAUCAAUCGACCAUCCUGGGAAACUAAUUUUUGCACCAGACCUUGUACUAGAUAGGGAUGAGGGCAAAUGCGUAGAGGGAAUUUUGGAGAUCUUUGAUAUGCUCCUGGCCAUGACCUCGAGGUUCCGAGAGCUGAAACUGCAGCACAAGGAGUAUCUGUGUGUCAAGGCAAUGAUCCUCCUCAAUUCCAGCAUGUUUCCCUUGUCAACAGAGGAACCUGAAAGCAACAGGAAACGGCAUCACCUGCUUAACGUAGUCACUGAUGCUUUGGUGUGGGUUAUUGCCAAGAGCGGAAUCCCCUCGCAGCAACAGACAACUCGUCUGGCCAAUUUGUUGAUGCUGCUCUCUCACGUCAGACAUGCCAGUAACAAGGGAAUGGAGCAUCUCCUGAGCAUGAAGUGUAAAAAUGUGGUCCCAGUGUAUGACUUGCUGCUGGAGAUGUUGAAUGCACACACUCUUCGAGGGCAGAGGAAGUCCCCGGUCACACAUCCGGAACUUGGCCCGUUAGAGCAAACGGAGACUGGAGACAGUCUGCGAAACGGGGCAACCCAGUAAUUCUGUCAAGACUCAGAAAUGUGAAGCUUGUUCAAAGCUGUGGGAGAAAAUCAAACUACUGUGAUGGGACUGCUGAAGUGUGGCGCAGUGCAAGUCCUCAUCUCUUCUAGAUUUGCACAUUGGUGUCUCGGGAAAGGCUUGUGGGACGCACACCUCUGUGUUUCUGACAUUAUAAUAGCUGCACUUUUAUAGUGCCUUUUCUGAGACUCUUCAAAAGCACCUUAUGAAAUUAAGCCUCAGAGCAGUACUGGGAGACAGGGAAUGACUGCCUCUCCUUUUCAGAGGCAGGUGAACUGAGACAGAGGUAAAGAGCCUGCUUUAAGGUGACAGAAGAAGUCUGUGUCAGGACUAGCAGUGAGCACCCAGGUCUCCAUCUCCCAGACUGUGGUUUUUAAGUGCUGACUAGACAAUGUCCUCUUUCAGCACGAGAUUGUAUGAAAGGUAGAGCAGCAUCGUCUGGGACAGAUCCACUUCCCUGUGUGUGCUGGUCCCCGGGGAAUACAGCUGAUCUAGACGAAGUGCUGAGAUAUGUACAGUGUAAAGGAGUUUCUUCUGUUCUUAAAUAUGCAAUGCCUGCAAGGGCCUUCAUUUGAAGGCCAUUCAGAAUAGCUUCUAGGGCCAGUUCAGAGCCUCUUCAGAAAUGUUAA